AUGUUCAGAUUCUCGAGCGCGGUCCUUACAAAGCAGAAGCAGAGCUGGUCUGUAAAUGGAGCUAUCAUGACUAACAAAAACAUCAGACGGCAAUGUAAGGUACUUGAAUCGGUUAUUUGCUUUUAUCACACAUAUAAAGAUGGAUUGCAGUAG